CCUGCCCCCGAGGUCGGUACAUAUAUCGUCACUCGGGACCGAUGCAUAGUCACGAGGCCCUGGAUCAUAGCAGAUCCUUGGUGACUAGGCAUCUUUCCACGCCAAUGAACACGCAUGCCCAUCUACAGAAUAACAUAUCUCGCAACCCAUUACGCUCCAUUUCUCUAUGCUAAGCCCUAUACAUACAUUCCUUCUCUCUCUCUCUCUCUCCUCCCUAACCAAAUAUUUGAUACAUGCACAGCACGAGAGCAACAGCAACACAGCAAAGAUAGAUUACGUGACUCGGGUGUGGACUUGAUGAUGGCCAUGGGCUUGGAUCUUGGUGAUGUGAGGUGUUCUUCGGCAUGGACAAAAACACGAAGAAGAUGGUGGGUGCGGAAGCGGAAUGGAAAAAUAUUAAAAUAGAAUAAACCCCUCAGCGAAAACACAGCCGGGGGGGGG